AUGUGGCCGCUGUGGUUUGGUAUACUCAUACUUCUUCGGCCAGCAGAUGUGGCAGCAGUGCUGGCACGUCACACCUUGCCAGUAUCGCAAUGGAGAAAGACUUCGAGGAAUCGAAUUUCAUCUGGGGACAUCGAGAGCUUCGAGCGAGCGGCGCACGAAGGUGACCAGGCUUCUUUACUGUACGAAGUUGGUGCAGCGAUCGGUCGUGCACUUCCCAACAAACUGAAGCGGAAAGAGCUCUUUGAAGCAUUCGAGGUGGCAUGCCUUGUACAGAGGCAGGCCCGACAAGAAUCAUACGCAGCUAGUACUGUGGUGGAUCUUUGUGCCGGCUGCGGAUUGCUGGGCGUUUUCCUGGCCCUCAUGUGGCCGCGUGCCAGAGUUAUUGCAAUGGAUCGCAAGCAGUCGGUCUUGUCCCGCAUGCUUUCAGAAGGUGCCAUGAGGCAGUGGCCGCUUCUCAGAGACAGAUUUGAGUGGAAAGUUUGUGAUAUGCGACGAAGACCUGUAGACAACUCUGCCGAACCAAUCUCGUUGCCUUCCGACUGCAUGGUUGUGGCAUGUCACGCAUGCGGCUUGCUGACGGAUGAAGCCAUUGCUGCCGCUUGCGCGAAGAGUUUGCGACCCAUGGUGCUGGUGCCUUGUUGCUACGUCACGAACCCCAAGAUUGGCCAUCCCAAUCCAGGGCACCCAUGUCAUUCUUGGGAGAGGCUACCUUGGCUUAGGGAAGGUGCUGUGAACCAGAAGGGCCGCACAGCUAUAGAUGAUGCUAGAGUUGACUUCUUACGGACCCGCGGGUAUCAUGUCAGUGUCGAUCACAUAGAUCCUCAAAUCACGAGGUACAGCAAAGCCAUAAGUGCUUUCCCUUCUGCGAAGCAGAUGUUCGACCCAGAGCUCAAAGCAAAAGAUGGAGUCAGCGGCACGAAGCCGCCAUUUCUCCAUUCUCGGAGCCGAGUUGACUCGGCACCGCUGUUUACGCCGGCACACGACGUAGGCAAGACAACAAAUCAAGAUAUUGUGGAGUUCAACUUCUACGAUAGCUACAAGCUCGGCAAGAAGCUGGGGCAGGGAACUUUUGGACAAGUCCGAUUAGCAAAAGACAAGCUAAAUGGCAAGGAAUUGGCUGUGAAGAUUGUAGAUGUUCGGCACUACGACGACAAGACGGGGGUUUGUACUGGCCAAAUAAGCCGGACACGCAACAAGGCAACCAGAGACGAAGUUGUAUUUUGGAAGCGUGUCUGCGCUGCUGAGUGCGAACAUGUUGUGUUGCUUCAUCGGGCUUUUUCCGACAACUCCCUGUACUACAUGGUUUGCGAAAGAUGCAAACGCUCCAUGCUGGACAUGACCGUUGAUGGGCUGACAGAGCCAGACUUAUCUGACAUCUUCAAGCAGAUGAUCAAAGGAGUUUUGCACACCCACAGAGCAGAAAUCGUCCAUCGAGAUGUCAAGCCUGAUAACUUCCUGUGGGGUGGACCAGAGCAUCGUACACUGAAGUUGUGCGAUUUUGGUCUUGCAGCAGCAAUGCCACAGGUAGGAAAGCUCUUCGGAGUGUACGGCACGGCUCCGUACAUGGCUCCAGAGAUGUUGACCAAUGUCGGCUAUGACUACCUGGUUGAUAUUUGGUCGCUGGGUGCAGUUGCUUUUCUCCUGACAUACGGCCGGUUUCCGUACACGCCAGUGGAGCAAACCUCCGCGUCAAUGAAAGAGGCAAUCAUCAAGGAUUCACCUCCUUUGCAUAUUGGAACAGAGAGAGUGUCUGAUGGAGCGCCAUGCUCAGAUUUGUUGCUUAGUUUCAUCCAGUCGACCUUGUCACGAGACCCUUCAGCCCGGCCGAGAGCAGAUCUUGCGCUCGAGCACGCUUUCUUUGAAAGCCAAUCAGAGGUUGCUGCGGACCAGGAAGAUCAGGAACAAGAAGGCGAAGAUGGUGAGGAUGACGAAGCAGUGUCUGCUCGACCUAUGACGCACAUCCGAUCCCUAACACACAAAAUGACUACUCGACCGAGCGCCACCGUUCAGAACGGAAUCGACGAGCUCCUCCAAAAGCUUUUCGUAAAACAUGGUGGGGAAGCCGCUGGUUCCAACAUGUUCUUCUCCGAAGGAGACGAGGACACAGAACGUAAUCAGGCAGACGACAGUUCGCCGACGAUCUCGCAGGCCGACUGCAGAAUUCGAAAGAAGAAUUCGCGACGCAACGUGAAACACGUGACCCAUUCAGGGGUGUUGACCCCAUCAGCUGCAAUAGCACGCACCAGCACUGCUUCUUCAAAUUCAGGGGAUGUCCCUGGUGGUGCUGGCUAG